AUGCUCGCAGAGCUGCUUGGACGUGAUGACACCGGCACAACAGAUGGGCAUGUUGACAGGUCGGUCCAGAAAUGGAAUGAGGCGACACAGAUAUUAUGCAUCACUACAAUGACGAUUUUCUUUGCUCUGCGAUGUUUUACUCGCCUUGUCAUUAUGGACGGCUUUAGGAGAGAGGAUUGGACAUGUCUAGGUGCCUGGUUUCUUGGUGUGUGUUAUUCGGUCAUUGCUUUGAUCAUGGGACACUUUGGGGGCGGGGUGCACUACGCGGAUGUGCCUGUAUCCCAUCGCAUACCCUUCGAAAAGACGGUGUAUGUGACAAUGGUCAUGUAUGGCCCGACCGCAUAUCUGACAAAGUUGUCCCUACUUUGGAUCAUUGCCCGAGUCUUCAGCCCUUAUCGCAAAACCGUUAUAUUCAUCUACGUAUUCUUGGGUGUUAUGCUAGCCUACUAUAUUCCAGCGGUCAUCGUCAAGAUCCGGAUCUGCGACCCAAUAGCGAAGUUCUGGGCCCCCGACACAUUGGGGUCAUGUCUGGACCAGACAUCAAUCAUUCUUGCCGAUGCGGUUGUCAGUGUCGUUAGCGAUAUGACUAUCCUCAUUCUUCCCCUACCUUUGACGGUAGGGUUGCAAUUGCCGAUGAAGAAGAAAUUGCGAGUCAUGGUCGUAUUGGGAGCCGGCGGACUAGCAUGUGCAUCGAGUAUUGUCCGUCUGAUCCUCAUUAUUUUGACGGGGCAAUCGCAGGACGGGACACUGGCUUUCAUGCGCAUUAACAUGUUUGGGUAUGGCUGCUCUCUAAGCAUGAUAUCACUGUAUCACCUAGCUGACAUUUCUUUCGUCUACAGGAACGCCGAGAUAACGAUUGGGGUCAUUUGUGCCUGCUUGCCCGCCCUUUCAGCCCUGGUCUCCCGUACCCACCGCGAAUAUACGAGCAACAAAUACUCGAGUCAUAAGAACACCCAGGCAUCACAGUACGAGUUGAACAAGGUCAAGAAUAGUCGUCCCAGUCGCACAGAUAGGAGCAAAAACCAGAUGACCCUGACGGAGGUCGGAUCGGACCAGGACAUUCUCAUCCCCAACGCUCAGGAAGCGCCAAGGAUCGAGACCACGGUCCGUGGCGAUUCAGAGCGGCAAGGCACAGAAACCAUGGGGAUCAUGAGAACUGUCGACGUAUCAACUACUGUGACCUCGCGGUACAAUGAAAACGAAUGA